AUGCCUGAUCUCCAGCACGCACACUGGCAUGGUGCGAGGCGAGGGGGCAGUGCCCAGGAAGUGAGUGGGCUGGAAGGGACGACUGCAGGCGGGAGUGAACUGAUGGACGUGGUGCGCUGCGCAGUCGAUAGAAUCUCACACCACAUCGUCCCCGCCUCCACCUCCCGGCGUCCGACCCCCGCCAGCAUCGCGGUGGGUCAGCAAAGCGUGCUCAAGGCGGCACUGCUGGCGGCGCUGGGCGCGGCGUGCUGCAUCGCGUUUCUGCGCGCCGGCUUGCCGUUUCGCGACCACUCCACGCACUCAGACGAGGACUCCUUUCUCCAAGCAACUGUUCAUCUGUUACCCUCGUCUCCGCACAACCCUCUAUGUUUCCAUCUCCUUCCCCUCCCCCUCCUCCCGUUCCAUGUGCAACGCUCUCCCCGCUCUGCCCCUCCUCACUCAGCCGCACAUCUGCCCCUUCUGCCCCACCUCUCCCUUCCGUUCCCCGCCUGCCUGUGUGCCCAUUAUCUUGACGACAGGCAGACGAGGGCGCGCAGCAGGGAGAGGCGGGGAGGAGCAGGGGGGCUAUCUGCUGGUGCAGCUCGCAGGGGGGCUCAACCAGAUGCGCGCAGGGGUGGGUGGGGGGCUCUCAACCUCUCGCUCCCCGGCCUCAUUCUCAUGCUUGCCUCCGCCUCUGCUCUUCCUCACAUUCUCCUUACUUUUGCUUUGCUGCCUUCUGCAUCUACCCUACACUUCUCCCCACCCCUUCACAUCCUCCCUCCCCCACUUCCCCUCACCCUACCCCUUUUCCCCCUCGGGCCUCCCAUCCGUCCACCCCCUGGCCCCCCCGCUGGUGCUGGCGCCGUGGGUGCGUAUGGUGGACCGCCUGCCCUCCGCGCUGCGACACCGCGCUGCCUCGACCGCACCGUGCCACGCGGUUCCACCGCCGAGUACUACGAGACACGUGGCAGGGCGAUGAUCAGAAAGGCGCAGGUGCUGAAGCUGAACCAUUUCGAUUCCAGGCUGCAUCACCAACUACCGCUGGACCUGCACAAGGCCGGCGGUGCUGCAAGAGCAGCGCAAGGUGCACAAGGGCAGGGGGGAGAGAGAGAGCAGGUGGAGGGAGGGAUGCAGGCGAAGGGGAGUGGCAAGGCUGUCAAGUACGGUAUGUUUUUGAUUCAUCUGAGGUACGAGCCGGACAUGCUGGCGUUCACAGGGUGCGAGUAUGAGGGGGGCGCGGAGGAGAAGGCAGUGUUUGACUCCAUCCGACAGCGCUGGGCCAACCUGCCCGCCAUGGAUGCCGAGAAGCAGAGGGCCAAGGGCCAACCCACUGCCACAACCGUCCACCCUCGCUCCUCUCCCCACAACUCCCCCGCUCCUCGCGCCUUCCCCUUCACCACGGACAAGCACUCCCUUGCACACUCCCACGCCAUGGCCCACGCCCACACACGGGCACGGGAUGACGACGAGGAUGAGGGGGAUGAGGCGUGGGGCGGGGGAGAGGGUGGGGGUGGGAAAGGAGGGGUGGGUGCGGAGGGCGGAGGGGCGUUGGCAGGGGUGGAGGGGCGCAAGACGCUGCUGGCAGCGGUGGACUAUGAGAUGUGUCGGGGGGUGGCGCUGCUCGUCACUAACAACAAUGGCAACAUGGCCCACCUGCUAGCGGGCCACAGGAGGUACAACGGUGUGGGUGGCACGGUGCACCUCUUUGGCUCCUCCAUCCACCGCCUCCUUGCUGCCAUCCAACAUGGGGAUCACGAGACCUUUCAGAAGCUUCGCAAUCGGCUGCUCAAGGGCGACCUUAGCACUCAGAGGGUGAGCAAUGAGAAGGCUGUGGCGAAAGGAGGGUUUUAUGCGUUUCCACGGGAUUGUUUGUGUGAAGUCUGA